UCAAUGGUUUUCAUUUUCCUAAUAACUAAAAGUCUAUUUAAUUCAAUAAGAAAGCGCAUUACAAGCAUAUGCAUAACUCACCAUAAGAGCCCGUGGCUUCAGAAGCAAAUUGAAAGGGGGGGGGGUGGCUAGACUAAUCAGAAAUCAUGACAAGCAAAAAAGAAAAAAAAGUUAUUCUUAUGAUUUUGUCUAACUUUGCAACCCCCCACUGUUUUCGGCGCCUAUGAGUGUAUCAAAGACUGUUCAAGUUAGAAAAUAACAUAUAUAGAUAAUACGUAUAUACAAGUAUAUGUAUAUUUAUAGGUGUUCUUUUGUAUCAUUCAGUUUCAAUACCAAUGACAAAAUUAAAAAAAUCAAAAGAACUUGCAAAAAAAAUCCUUGUUAUGUCGGUUUAAAAUGAAGUCUGAAAAUGAAAUGAAAAGGCUACACAGUAUUUGUUUUAAAAAUGUGUUUGAAUGUUAUGUAUACUUUAUGUGUUUGAAUGUUGUGUAUACUUUAUAAAAUAACUUUUAUUAAUGCAACUUGAAUUAACUUUCAAGAAUCAAACUCCGAUUGGAGUUUACUUUUUCCUUCUAUGUAUUUGACACAAGUGAUUUUUUAUGUAAACAUUAUGGACAUAAUCAGAACGCAUAUGAACAAGGUGCGUAGGUUUUACGAAAAUCCCCAAAUCUAUAAAUAGACAACGAUUUGGAGACGACAUACGGUCAUUUAAUUUCACAGCUGAGCGACAUUAGGCAUUUAAACCAUGUUUGUAGAGUAUUCUGAAUAAUCGAUUUGGAAAAUGGCGGGGUUCCUGUAUAACUUGACCUGUCCCCAGGAUGUAGACAGCUGGAACAAGGCCUCCACCGCCGCGAAAUGCGUCACACCAAACGUGUACCACUGUCUGAAAACAUCGGAUGGACAGUUAAUAGAAACGUGCCUGGAGAAAACAUGGAUUCAGCCAGGUAUGUGUCCGGAGUACAAUACCAAUUUAGACAUGUUGGACGUUGAUGAAUGUCAAGGAACCAGCACUGAAUGCCCGGAUGUUACCUACUGGUCAAACGACGUAUAUCUGUAUGCAACCUGUCUACAGAGAACAAACCAGACACAGGAUUUCAACAACAUAAUAGUAGUAGACAUUCAAACAACAAUAUCACCUAACAUUACAACGACUACCACUGACAGUUCCGGCCUCGACAUACAGACCUUACUGCCCUACAUCAUAGGAGGGGUCAUACUUAUAGCACUGGUGUUUGUUGUGGUACUGAUAUUCAUACUGUGUAGAAGAAAGAGAUCGAGACACAGAGAAUAUAGACACGACAUCAAGAUUGAAUACUCAAGGCGAGAACAUAACCCACAGGAUGAUCUCAUUAACCAAGAUGCAGUUAAUGGCAAUAACCUAACAAACAGGGACUCUUUGGAUGCUGAAAAACGCCCAUUCAUAGAUCACUAUUCAGAUGUCUCCUCCCCCUCCCCCACCCCUUCCACCGCCCCUAAGAGUAACAUCACUGUGUAUGUUGGAGACGACCCCGACAAGAUUGCUGUAGCCUACGAACAUCUAGUGUACGAAAACAGAUACGACAAGUGUCAGUUUGUGAAGGAUAUAAAUGAGUUUAAGGCGGAUAGAUGGACCAAAGUGUACUUCAUCCAGGAUAUAUUCCGUCACGUGAUACACUCAUCGGAUAUAGAUAAAUUGCGGGGUGCGUUGCAUGAGAUCUACUUAGCGGCGGGCCAACAACCACUUUCAAUGUUUAUUUUAGAGAUGCCGCUAACACUGUGGACAGAACAAAGGAAAUAUUUCCAAGAAAUGGCUCUAUUUCAUGAUCAACAUAUUUCUUUUGUCUGAGAAAGUACAACUUUAUGUUAAGAAAGAUGCUGUGUUCGUGUGAGAUUUUUUUAGCAAUGCAAACCAAGAAAUUAAAUUUUGCAAAUUUUUGUCGUAGUAUAUAUCAUAAUUCGUGUUAUUUGUUCUUUAUAUCAUAUAUACAAUGGUAAAUUUUUAUAAUGGUGCGAUGAUACGAUAGUGCACUACAUGACCGUAUCGGGAUUCCA